CUUGGCCCCGCCCACUACAUGCACCCCUUUCCCUUCUGCGUCUGCGCGGCCUCCGUCACAGGGCGGCAAGAUGGUUUCCCGGCCCGAAAGUGAGGGCACGGUCCCCAAGCGGAAGCGGAAGCGCAUCUCCGAAGGGAACUCCGUCUCAUCCUCCUCGUCAUCCUCCUCCUCUUCCCACCUGGAGACCACGUCAAACAACAACCAGUUUUCCCUGAUGCAGUGGCCCAUGUACAUGCUGGACUACGGCGGCCUCAAUGUUCCGCUUCCGGGAGCCAUGAAUUAUUCGGACCUCAGUUUCUGAACCAGAACCUCAAAACAAAACAAAACAAAAGAAAUAAUGAAUGGUGUGUAAUUUUCGUUUGUACAAAGUGUAUAUUAUUCCAAUAUGUAUUGAUGCCUUUCAGUUUUUGCAAUGAUUUUUACACUAUAUUCCUGCCGCCAGGGCCUUUUUAAAUAAAAAAAGAAUAAGAAGGGUUGCCUUGCUCUGAAAAAUCAAACCGUUUCCUGAUUUUUUUUUUCUCUUUAAACGAACAAAUACCGUUUUGUAAUAAACAAAAAUACAAAACAAGAGCCGGGCGAGCGAGCGAGGCUCAGUCGUAAAUGCUCUUUUUUAAUUGAAUUAUUAUUAAUAAUAAUAAAAGUGCUUUACAGUGA